AUGGAACUCAGGAAGCACAGAAGUGGCGCGGAACACCUGCCACCUGAAGUGUCUGAGCUGAGGGUUGUUCUGCUGGGGAACAGCUGGUCUGAGAGGAGUUCAGUGGGGAACUUCAUACUGGGAGAGACUGUGUUCAGCACUGAGGAAGAACCAGACUGCUGUCAGAGAGUCAGAGGACAGUUGAAGGAGAAACAAAUAAUUCUCAUCAACACCCCAGAUCUGCUGCAUUACAACAUCUCUGAACACAAACUGACAGAACAUAUGAAAAGUGUUGUGAGUCUCUCUGAUCCUGGACCUCAUGUGUUCCUGCUGGUUCUACAGCCUGAAGACUUCACUGAGGAACACAAACUGAAGCUCUGCAGAGUCCUGAAACUCUUCAGUGAUCAAUCAUUUGAUCAAUCACUGGUUCUGAUAUCAACACCAGCAGAGGAGAGGUCAGGGUUCAGGGAAAGUGACAUGAACCAUUUGGCCUUACAAGAUGUGAUCAGAAAAUGCAGAGGCAGGUGUUUGACACUGAAAAACCUUGAACAUCAAGAGCUUAUGAAACACCUGAUACAAAUUUCCGAGGAGAACAAGAGACAGUGUGUGAGCUGUGAUCUAUUGAACACAAUGAGUCCUGGUUUUACUAGAGACCAAGUCCUCAAACAAAAGAGAACAGCUCCACCACCACCAACACGUGGAGCUGCUGGAGACGAGUCGGUUCCUCUGCUGUCUGAAGUCCUGCCAGCCAGUGUCUGUGCCAGAGGCUCAAGACUAAAGUUUAACAUGAUGCGACAUGCUGAUGAGCCUCUCAGGAUGGUGCUGCUUGGGAAGACUGGUAAUGGGAAGAGUGCAGCUGGAAACACCAUUUUAGGAGUAGAACUUUUUAAAUCCAGAGCCAGCCAGAGGUCUGUGACCAAGAGUUGCCAGAAAGAAACAGGAGAGAUUGAUGGACGACCUGUUGCUGUGGUCGACACCCCCGGCUUGUUUGAUACAACUCUCUCUGAGGAUGAAAUUCAUCAGGAGAUUGUGGAUUGUAUCACCAUGUUGUCUCCUGGACCUCAUGUGUUCUUACUGGUGCUGCAGAUCGGCCGAUUUACACAAGAGGAAGAAGUCACAGUGGAACUGAUCAAGAAGUACUUCGGCCAAAAGUCUAAAGAUUUUACCAUCAUGCUGUUCACCAGAGGAGAUAACCUGAACAAUCAGUCAGUUGAAAGUUACAUAGAAGAAGAGUGUGUUGACUUUGUGAAACACCUGAUGGAAGAGUGUGGAGGGAGAUACCACGUCUUCAAUAACAAAGACAAAACAAACCACACACAAGUCAGUCAGCUGUUCUCCAAGAUUGAAACAAUGCUGCAGAAAACUGGUGACAGCUGCUACAACGCUGAGUUGUUCCGAUCCUCAAAGGAAGAAAUACGAAAGAAAGAGGACCUGCCUGAGGAGAAGGGGGAGGAGCCUAGCUUGAUCAGGAGCUUCUAUACAGUGAAGGAGUUCAGGAUCAAAGUCUCAGUUUUUCUGUCCGUGAUCCUUGUCGUGACUCACCUUCUGACCAGUGGCUGCUGUGGCUCAGCUCUCAGUGAGUCAGUUGUCGGUGUGGAGUCCGUACUUUCCUUCAGGAGCAAGAAGGGCUUUGAGCUGUUAACACGCUUGGGUCAAACUGCAAAGGAAAACAAUGGAGAUCAUCUGAGCUGUGAUGUGUUUGAGGAUGAGGAUCCAGGUUUAACCAUGACACCAAAGUCUGAACACAUGAAACCAGCUUUAAACCUGGUUCUGUGUGGGAGGAGAGGAGCAGGGAAGACUUCAGCAGCCGAGGCCAUUUUAGGUCAGACAGAGCUUCAUUCAGUCUCCAGCUCAUCACAGUGUGUUAAACAUCAGGGAGAGGUGAGAGGACGUCAGGUUUCCCUGGUGGAGCUUCCUGCCUUGUAUGGAAAACCUCAGGAGGAAGUGAUGGAGGAAUCACUCAGGUGUAUCUCCCUCUGUGAUCCUGAGGGCGUCCAUGCCUUCAUCCUGGUCCUACCUGUGGGUCCCCUCACUGAUGAUGACAAGAAAGAGUUAGAGACCAUCCAGAACUCAUUCAGCUCUCCAGUCAAUGACUUCACCAUGAUUCUGUUCACUGUGGAGUCAGAUCCUGCAGCUCCAGCUGUUGUUGACUUUAUAAGAAAGAGCAGAGACAUCCAGGAGCUGCUUCAGAGCUGUGGAGGAAGAUCUGUUGUUGUCAACGUCAAGGACAAACAUCAGAUCUCUGAGAUGUUGGACGCUGUGGACAAGAUGAGAGUUGAAGGAUAAAGAUGCUUCACAAAGGACAUGUUCACCAAGGCUCAGAUGGAGAAGGUUUCACAACUCAAAGCUGAGCUUCAGGGUGUCAGACAGAGGAGUGGGAUGGGAGGUGAUGAUGAGAGGCAGAGCAGAGAGCCUCUCAGGAUGGUGCUGAUUGGGAAGACUGGCAGUGGGAAGAGUGCAACAGCAAACACCAUUUUGGGCAAAAAGCAUUUUAAACCCAGAAUCGCCCCAAAACCACCGACCACAUCUUGUGAAACAGCAACUGGAGAGAUUGAUGGACGGCCUGUUGUUGUGGUCAACACUCCCGGCCUGUUUGAUACAACUCUCUCUGAUGAUCAAAUGAAACAGGAGCUUCAGAGAUGCUUCGGCAUGUUGGCUCCUGGACCUCAUGUGUUCUUACUGGUUCUGCAGAUUGGGAGUUUUACACCAGAGGAGAAAGACUCUGUGGAACUGAUCAAGAGGGUUUUUGGCCAAAAGUCUGGAGAUUUCUUCAUCAUUAUAUUCACCAGAGGAGAAGCCCUGGACGAUCAGCCAUUUGAGAGUUACAUUGAAAAUUGCGAUGGCUUUGUCAAACAAUUAAUAAAUGACUGUGGAGGAAGAUAUCAAGUCUUUAAUAACAAAGAAAAAUCAAACCGCACACAAGUCCCUGAGCUGCUGACCAAGAUCCAGACCAUGAUGAAACAAAAUGGCGGCAGCUGCUUCACUGCUGAGAUGAAACAAAUUAUAAAUGAGGAAGAGAUGCAGAAGUUAAUCAAAAGAAAAGACGAAGAAAUGAAAGUGAUGAAAAGAACAUUAGAAGCAAAAAUAUCUGAAAUGGAGAGAGCCAAACAACACGGAGAACAAAGUCAACCUAACCUGGAGGAAGAAAUGAGAAAACUGAGAGAAGAACUGGAAAACAUCAAACAUAAACAAGCUGAAAAACAAUGCCACGUCCAAUGA